AAAGUACUAUGUUUUUCCGUGUUCAGCCAAUAUGAGAAAAGGUCACUAGACAGCACCCAGCGUACUGCAAUUGGUCAUUGUAGUAACGGGUAUUAAUUGAGUUUUGUACUUGAAUCGGUUUGUAUGGAUCCCAUCAGAAGCUAACCAAAGCAGUCUGAUCUUUGUCGGUAGAAGCUAUAAAAUAAAAGUAGGCUGAGAUCCAUAACGAAAUGGAAAAAGACCAAGUAAACAGAAUACUUGAAGGGCUUCACAAUGAUCUGAAAACAUUAAUAGUAGAAACAAGAAAAAAAUACACAUCAGUUAAAGAGGCAUGUGAAGAAGUGCUGACAAAACUAAAAAAUCCUUACAGUGGCUCUCAACUGACACUUCAAUCUCUACGAAACAUUACUAACCCAGCCCUGUAUCCCCUUAUUCAAGGAUGUGAAACUAAAGACCCAAAAUUAACAAAAGUUUGCUUAGGAGCCAUCCAAAGAUUUGUCACCUAUGAUUUACUAGAUGAGAAAGGAGCUAAAUAUGUCAUUAAUGUCAUGUGGCUUUUGAUGGAGAACAGCAUUGAUGAAGUUAAAGUUCUUCAAACUGCUGCAUUAUUGCUUACCACUAGCAAUUUAGUACGAGGAGAUUCUCUGUCCAAGUGCUUGGUACUUUGCUUCCGACUUCAUUUUGCAAAAGAUACUACAAUUGGAAACACGGCUGGAGCUACAGUUCGCCAGCUUGUAUCGCUAGUGUUUGAAAGGGUGGUUAUAGAAGAUGCCUCAUCGAAUGAGGAAGCGCCCGUGACAGGCGAUAACAACUUUUCCGAUGGAAACAAAGAAUUUACUAAAUUACCAGAUUCUCCGCUAAAGACGCUAAAUCCAAUUGCGCAAGAUGCAUUUGCUCUUUUUCAAGACCUAGUUAUGCUAGUCAACGGUGAUCAACCAUCCUGGCUGGUCGGCAUGACUGAAAUGACACGAACAUUUGGGAUAGAAUUAUUGGAGAAUAUUUUGUCUACCUUCUACAGCGUUUUCUUCAAGCACCAGGAAUUUAGCUCGUUACUGAAAGAGAGAGUAUGUGCAUUGGUGAUCAAAUUAUUCUCCCCUAAUGUGAAGUCACAGUAUCGACUUGCGAUCGGCCAUCAGCAACAGCAGUUACAGGCGCAGCAACCCAUAACAACAGACAAACCAUUUUUCCCUGUCAGCAUGCGACUGUUGAGACUAGUGUCGGUUUUGGUUCAGAAAUAUUAUUCAUUGCUGGUUACAGAGUGCGAAAUUUUUCUGUCGUUAAUUAUAAAAUUUUUGGAUCCUGAUAAACCGGCAUGGCAGAGAGCAUUGGCUUUGGAAAUCCUUCAUCGUUUAUUGGCUCAGCCCUUAUUGGUGAAAUCUUUUUGUCAAAGCUAUGAUAUGAAACCGCACGCAACAAACAUAUUCCAAGACACGGUCAAUUCUCUUGCUGCUUGCAUACAGUCGCUGUUUGUGACGACUCCUCCCGGUCUUGCUUCUUCAGCUCAAGUGGCCUUGACCGGAUCAACCUCCUCUUCCGCGCCGUUGAUCAACAACGUUAGCAUUGGACCGGGAAUCACUCCUCAAGCUGGCUUUUAUUAUCGCGGCGUUUGGAUACCAAUAUGCACAGCGUUCACUAGCGGGCAACCCAAAGCUACAUUUUUGGAAAUGCUGGACAAAACGGAUCCUCCAGGCAUUCAAGAUGGUUAUUGUAUGUCUGUCGCAUACGCUUGCCUGCUGGAUGUUAUCAGAUCUAUUUCACUUGUGGUACAAAACACGCCUAGCGCAACAAGCGACUUGUCGGCAUCAUCGGAUAGAUUUCCAAACGAGAAGGCUGUCGUUGACGAUGACUCUUUUAGCAUACAGCUGGUAAACUCUAGCUGGUGUGGAUUACUAGCAGCUUUAACCCUACUACUUGAGGCUAGCACUGAUGAAACGAGCACGGAAAAUGUACUAAAAUCUCUACAGACAUUCGCCAGUGUUAGUGGCCGUGUUGGAUUGACGACACCUCGGGAUGCUUUCAUAACAGCUCUGUGCAAAGCAUCGCUGCCGCCGCACUACACUUUAACUGUUCUAAACGCGUCCUCCCCAGGAACUGUCACUAAUCGAGUCACGCAGCCUAGACCACAGAACACGGAAAGCUAUAACCAGCAUAUCGGCAAUGCUGGAGGAAAUACAAAUGCUAAUAUCGAGACCGAAUUCCGUCAGCAUUUGAUCGUGGCUGUCGGCUCUCCGUUACCUACACCUUCACAACCGGCAGGAUCUCAGCAGGGACCAGUUGUUUUAACAGCAAAAAAUCUGCAAUGCAUGCGUGCCAUCUUGAGUGUAGCCCAUUGCCACGGCGCCGUGUUGGGAUCCGCCUGGCACAUGGUUUUGACCACUUUACAGCAUCUGGCUUGGAUUCUGGGUUUGAAACCCUCCAGUGGCGGUUCUUUAAAAUCGUCACGACCGUUGAUGGAAUCUAGUUCCGCAACGCUAGUGCCAAGCACGGCUGCGGUGUUGGCUGAUUUGCCCGUCCUUUCGUCGAUGUUAAGUCGUCUAUUCGAAUCAAGCCAAUAUCUAGAUGACGUGGCUUUACACCAUUUGAUCGACGCGUUGCGCCAGCUGUCACAGGAAGCUCUAGAAGUAGCUUAUUCCAACCGGGAGCCCUCACUUUUUGCUGUAGCAAAACUGUUGGAAACUGGCCUUGUAAAUCUGAACAGGGUAGAAGUUCUUUGGCGUCCUGUAACAAAUCACCUGCUGGAAGUCAGCAGCCACCCGCUUAACCGCAUGAGAGAAUGGGGAAUAGAGGCCAUUACUACGUUAGUUAGAUCAGCAAUUCAAUAUGAAUAUUCUACUCCUUUAAAAGAAAACCAGAGGUUGCAAACGCUGUUAAUAUCGCCAUUAAAUGAGCUGUCUAGUACCAGUUUUGCAGAUGUGCGGCAAAAGCAAGUUGAUUGUGUGCUGCAUUUGCUGCACAGCUCUGGUGACAUAAUCUCUUUUGGAUGGCCUCUGUUUCUUAAUAUUAUAGGAGCUAUCAACAAUUCUCAAGGAGAAAAUUCAGUACGCUCAGCGUUCCAGUGUUUACAGUUGGUGGUAACGGAUUAUCUCCCUGUUUUACCAUGGAACUGCCUGCCUUUAGCAGUCGAAACGACCGGAAAAUUUGGAUCACAAACACAGGAUCUCAACGUUUCUCUCACAGCAAUUGGUCUUAUGUGGAAUAUAUCCGACUAUUUCUACCAAAAUCGAGAAAUACUACGUUCGUCAUUGUGCGACGAGAAAAAUAAGGUUUUCCCAGAUUUUCCUGGAGUGCCAAACAUGGCCGCCUUUGACAAACUCUGGAUGUGUUUGUAUACCAAACUCGGCGAAUUAUGUAUCGAUGAACGGCCAGCAGUUCGUAAAUCAGCUGGUCAAACACUCUUUAGUACUAUUGCUGCUCACGGAGAUCUUCUGCACCAUAGCACUUGGCAGGCCGUGGUGUGGCAGGUUCUUUUUCCCUUGUUGGAUAACGUGAAAAAACUUUCGGGGCAAGCAAGUGAUGUAAAGGUGGAUACGUCCGGAAGUAUGCUUAUACAUCAUUCACGUAAUACAGCACAAAAGCAAUGGGCAGAGACUCAGGUGUUGACUCUUUCUGGCGUUGCCCGUGUAUUCCAGACCAAGCGGCCCAUGCUGCAGUCAUUGGACGAGUUUUCUAGAGCUUGGAUUCUGUUGCUUGAACAUAUUGAAAAUUCAGCGUUGAGUAAAAAUUCAGAGGUUUCGUUGGCUUCGUUGAAAGCGUUUCAAGAUGUUCUGUCGACGACAACCAAGUGCAAUUCCAACGAAUCCAAUGGCACUGGUUGCCACGAUGAUUUCAUCUGGAACGUAGCAUGGAAAGCCUGGCUUCAAAUAGGAACGCUUGCCACAAGUCCGCAAAAAGAAGAGCGAGUGACUUAUAUUCCGUCACAGCCAUUCCUGACUGCCUUAGUUCUUAUAUUUCCUGGGCUCUUCCAACAUGUAAAAUCUAGGUUCGGAUCGGACAAUCUUCAAAUGUUAUGUACCGUCCUUCAAUCAGCAGUCAGCGUCCCCGUACAUGGUGAAGCUUCUCCUUUUAUUCUUCCAUCGGUGAACGACCCUGUGCUAACCCCACUUCAGGAAGGAGUCUUACUCUGUAUGGAUACACUGCAGCGGGACUUUGUUUCUGGGAAUGAGCUAAUGAAAUCUAUGAUACCAGCUCUCUUUAAUCAACUUUUGGUCUUUGCCGGUUUUGCGUGUCAAGCUCCUACAUUCGGACAACUAAAAACUAAAUCGGUGAACUCUUUCAAGGGAAUGCAGUCCGCAGAAUGGGUUACAUUAAACUACGUUCCGUUUGGAGAAAAGUGUUUAACUAUGGCUGUCCAUUUGUAUGGAAAAACGUGCCAAGAGGAAGUCGUUAAUCAGUCUCAAGUCCUGACCAGUAUUAUUCGAUGCCUGCGUUUACCCCUUAGUUUGAAGUAUGAUUGCACUUCUCAAACAACUUGGCGGCUAGCGGUUCAUUCUCUACUGCGCGUGCUUCGUCUAGGACUACCAAUGGCCCGGCACAAGACUGACAAUCAUGAGAAUAAUCCGAAUUUACAAGAAACCAUGCUACCGCUUUGGACUGAAAUAACCCUAGCGCUAGACGAAUUUCUCUUCCCCAAAAGCGUUCCUUUGGCCAAUCAAACACCGGAAGAAAUUCAGUCGGACGAACUAUUAGAUUGUCAAGUAAUGGAAUUGAUCCGGGACGAAAUUCUGCCGCAAUCUACUUUCUAUCCGCCGCAUUUCAUUUCGAAAAUAAUGGGACUGCUGAGCAAGGGGUCCAUUCAUUUCGUCCCACCGGUAGAUAGCGAAACUGGUUCUAAGCUGCGCGAAGAAUUUGCCCGCAUCUGCUUUGAAGUGUUGUUGCAGUUUUCGUUGAUCCACGAAGAGCAAAGACAGCUACAAGAACAAAACAAAAUGUCUACCAGCCAAUCCAGCCAGGUUACUAAUCAGCUCGCCAUCACCGCACUACUCGAUCGAUUUCAUAAGGUCCUUGCCGCCUUUGCUCAAGACGGUAAAACUGGUGGUCAAUGCCCCAUGCCAAGGUAUCGCACUGCUGAAAUUGCAUUCACUCUACAAGGUCUUUCAUCUCUAAUAUCCGCUCUAAAGAAGAUUCCAACCAAUAAAGUGAACCCUUUGACUUGGAGGCAACUUAUAUCUCUGUAUCCGCACUUGGUUGAACUGACGGCCGUAGAUUCAGCUCGGAUUGGACGAAAUCUCCGCGAUGCACUUUGUCAGUACUCUGAUUUGUUACAGCCGCCAGUGGCCAGCGGUCUACCUUCAAUCAACGGAACUUAACAACGUGGAGGCUCAGACCACGUAGUUCAAUCGAAUUUCAAUCAAGAGAAUGGCCAUUGAAAAAUUGAUCCUCUCUUCCCGCCCAAUCAGAAGCGCGUGAUUCUCCCUUUUUUUAUUAUUUUUUUUCCCUGUAUCGUUCCAUGGUUCUUUUUUUUUUCUUUUUUUGUUGCUGUUGUUGUUAUCUUAGCGUGUUUCAUAUUGUGCCAAGUGGUUGGCAACAAUAAUGUAGGCCACGUCGUUGAAAUAUGGUUCUUGGUCUGUAUUCCCAAU